UUCCAUUCCACCGAUCUUCGGCACCUAGGAAAUUUCUUCCGCACAUGCUGCCGCCUGCCGCUCCGCGGUCGCGUUAAACCGCUGAUCGAGUAUAUCUGCUUCGUCGAGUGAUGAGGAACACGCGUCGCGACGAAGAAAGAUGCGGGGUGCCAGGAAAAAAAAGAAAGCCAACCGCUGAGUAGUCGCCAGGUCGAGCAUGCGGUCAGUCGAGAGAGACGUUGCGUCGGUUUUCGCGAAUAAUCGGCACGUAUAUAUACCUAUACAUCUACGUGUAUCGAGAAGGAAAAAGAAAGGGAGAGGGAGAGAGAGAGAGAGAGCGAAUGAACGUGCGGCGGCGAGUUGGGCGCGUUACGUCGUCGAUGUGUGCGACCAGGUGAUUGAAGAAACACUCCCUCCCCUCUCUCUCUUUCACUCUCUCUCUCUCCCCUCCCACCUUCGUGCUAUCUCUCUCUCUUUCUCCCCCUCUCGUACCUAUUCCGACUCACACACUCUCUUCGGUAUAUAACCUCAAACCGUCGGCGAGUUCGUGUCGCGUCGUCGGACGUUCCGCAUCGUGUAUGUUUUCGGCCACGGCUGAACCGGGUUCCGGAUGUGCGUGGCGCGGUUCCUGCCGUCGCAGCGGGUGUUAAUGAGCUCCGGCGGUUUCUCACCACAUGACACUCGCAGAUGUAUAUGAUGAAAGGGGCUUAUUAGUAUGCUGGAUAAGCGGCGGCUACAUGCCUCCGGUACUUCGCCAUGCACCCUCAUCUUUGUGGUCAUUUUGGCACUAACUGGAUGCUUCUCGUUUUGGAUUCACAUCGAUGGUUCAGGAUCGCCGAUUCCUUACUCCAGCGGCGGUGUGGCCGCGCCAGGAUAUAUCCUUAUAUUUCCCGGAAACGUCACACCCUCCACGCAGCCCUACUCAAUAAACGAACUUCCGUCCGAUGAUAAAUCCACGCUGAUCAACAUCACGGACUUUAGGUUCAUUAUGAAUCACAAUCCCUGUAAUCGUACGCAGCCAUUGCUGUUAAUGUUGGUUCACUCGGCGCCAGGGAAUUUUCCGAAGAGGCAUGUCGUGCGGGAGACCUGGGGUCAACAAGCGCCGGACGUGACUUUAUUAUUUCUCGUGGGAUACUCGGAGAAAUAUCAAUCCAAACUCAAGAAGGAGAACGAGAAAUACCAAGACUUAAUACAGGGAAACUUUCUUGAUGCCUACAGAAACAUGACCUACAAGCACGUUAUGGGAUUAAAGUGGGCUACUUAUUAUUGUCCAAGUGCCAAAUAUAUUCUUAAAUUAGAUGAUGACGUUUUUGUUCAUUUACCGGCCAUGUUGGACUUUCUAACGCAUGGCCUUUCGCCGUGGGGUGCAAGACGUCUGAUUCUCUGUGAUCUUCUGUCGGCUUCCGCAGUGAAGAGAUCCUGGCGCUCAAAAUGGCGUGUCUCUCCUCAGGAGUAUCCCGGUAGACUUUAUCCCGCAUAUUGUGCUGGAUGGGCGAUCCUAUACUCUCCCGAUAGUGUAUUUAUACUGUACCGCGAAGCUCAGAAAGAGCCGUACUUUUGGAUCGACGACGUUCACAUUACCGGGACACUGGCUAGGAAAGUAAAUUUAACGCAAACCUCAUUACGCUCUUGGGUGCUUACGACUGAGAGCAUGCGGGACCUGUUGUCGAAUCCGAACGCUCGACGGGAUUUUUUGUUCGGGCCUCCGGAUCUAACGGAGAACGGAAUACGAGCCUUAUAUAGUCUGGUUACUAAACCACGGCCUAGCAGUGAAAGCCUAUUGAAUUAAACGUCUAAUAGAACAAUUUCGUUAUACUUCAACGUCGUAACGCGAGGACGGCGGAAAGAAAGAGAGAUACGAACAGCGAGUGUUCUUAUAUGCUUUCUGCGUUAAUAAUUCUAUAUGCAUUGCGGUAUGCCCUGCACAACAGUUCAACGUAAGUGUUCGAUUAUUUGCACAAUAUACAAACGCCAUAUUAUGUAUGAUACGUAAUAAUGCGUUACAUAUAUGUGCAUAUGUGUAUAUAUGUAUAUACACACACACACACACACACACACACACAC